AUGAUGGAUGCUCGGAAGAAGAAGAGAAAGGUCCUAUUGAUGGGCAAGAGUGGAUCUGGGAAGUCAUCCAUGCGCUCAAUCAUCUUCAGCAACUACGUCGCCAAAGACGUCCGACGCCUCGGUGCUACAAUUGACGUAGAGCACAGCCACGUCAAGUUCAUGGGCAACCUCACACUAAACCUAUGGGAUUGCGGCGGCCAAGACGCCUUCAUGGAAACCUAUCUCGCUUCGCAGCGCGGCAACAUCUUCUCCGACGUCGCAGUCCUAAUCUACGUCUUCGACAUCGAGUCCCGAGAAGUCGAACGCGACCUAGACACGUACCACGCGAUCAUCGAAGCGCUGCGCGAAUUCAGCCCAAACGCCUACGUCUUCUGUCUCGUGCACAAAAUGGACCUCAUCCAAGCCGAGCACCGCCAACGCAUCUACGACGAGCGCUCCGCCGUAAUCCGCAGUCGAUCGAGCGACUUCACCGUCGACACCUUCGCAAGCAGUAUCUGGGACCAAUCGCUGUACAAAGCCUGGGCCGGAAUCGUCCACAAGCUCAUCCCGAACUUAAUCGUCAUUGAGCGCUUCCUGUCUGCCUUCGCGAAGAAAAUAAACGCUGAAGAAGUCAUUCUCUUCGAACGGUCCACUUUCCUCACGGUUACUUCCGUGACGUCCGAGGUCGGAGAGCUAAAUCCCAUCUAUGAUCGCCAUGAGCGCUUGUCAAAUAUCAUGAAGGCGUUUAAGCAUUGCGCUGCUCGGAAUACACUCACUACGCCCGCUUCGGCCGGCUUCGUCGUCAUGCACACUAAAACUCCACAGUUCAAUAUCUUCCUCGGCAGAUUCACCGAUAACACUUACAUCUUCCUCGUCGUGCCUCCCGGCGAGGCUUCGUACAACUGCGCCGUGCUCAAUACGAUGCUUGCCCGUGAGGGAUUCUCGAAAGCGGCUGCCGGCAGCGGCGGCGGUGAUGGGUUCCCUCUUCCUCCGCCUGAGACGGAGGAGCAUGCAAAUGGGACGAUUGGGAAUCCCGCGUAA